CGGUGCGCAUGCGUGUUGCCUAUCGGGAAAAAAGAUGCUAGUGACAGUGACAAAGGCCAUAACAGUAUGUUGCAUGAAAGCAUAGGCAGUUACAAAGGCUAAUAUUUCAGAGGCGCUACCUGUUAAAUGAACUUAACUUCCUAUUUCCCAUGUUUUUGAAAUACCUUUAUUGCUUAUCUUGUACUUCCGGACGCGUGCUGCUUUUUAAACUGCACCUUCUGAAUGUGUGCUAGCUAAGGUAGCUUUUACUCUUUAAUAACCCUGAGCGUCCAAAGAAAACUGGUGGGGUCUUAAGUUAUAAGUUAUAACCAAUUGCGACGAAGCCCAGCACCCGGACCCGGGAGCCGCAUCAAUGCCCCGCAUCGAAAACGACGUCAAGCUGGACUUCAAGGACGUGCUCCUGCGUCCCAAGCGAAGCACGCUGAAGUCCCGCAAUGAGGUUGACCUGAUGCGCAGCUUCUCCUUCAGGAAUUCCAAGCUCAGCUACAGAGGCAUCCCCAUCAUCGCGGCCAACAUGGACACAGUGGGCACCUUUGAAAUGGCUCAGGCUCUGCACAAGUUCUGCCUCUUUACGGCCAUCCAGAAACACUACUCAGUGGACGACUGGAAAGAGUUUGCCGGCCAGCACCCAGAAUGCCUCAAGAGUAUGGCGGUGAGCACAGGUACAGGUGACGGGGACUUCGAGAAACUCAGCCAGGUCCUGGCUGCGGUGCCGCAGCUGGAGUACAUCUGCGUGGACGUGGCCAACGGCUACUCCGAGCACUUUGUCCGCUUUGUCAAGGACGUGCGGCAGAAGUUCGUUUCGCACACCAUCAUGGCCGGGAACGUGGUUACUGGGGAGAUGGUGGAGGAGCUGAUUCUCGCCGGUGCUGACGUCAUAAAAGUGGGCAUCGGACCAGGGUCAGUGUGUACGACGCGUAAGAAGACCGGGGUAGGGUACCCCCAGCUCAGUGCUGUGAUUGAGUGCGCCGACGCUGCCCACGGACUGGGAGGACACAUCAUAUCCGAUGGCGGAUGCACCUGUCCCGGGGACGUCUCCAAGGCUUUCGGUGCCGGUGCGGACUUCGUCAUGCUGGGCGGGAUGUUGGCGGGUCACACAGAGAGUGGUGGCGAGGUCAUCGAGAAGAAUGGGAAGAAGUACAAGCUGUUUUAUGGCAUGAGCUCCGACACUGCCAUGAAGAAACAUGUUGGGGGAGUGGCCGAUUACAGGGCCUCAGAGGGGAAGACGGUUGAGGUGCCCUUUAAGGGCCCGGUGGAGGAAACCAUUCGGGACGUCCUGGGAGGGGUGCGCUCCACCUGCACGUACGUGGGCGCCGCCAAGUUGAAGGAGCUGAGCCGGAGGACCACCUUCAUCAGGGUCACUCAGCAGCUGAACACUGUGUUUGGUAAUGACAGCUAGACCCAGCUUGGAUGUUUUAGUCUGGAGAUAAACGUAAAGCUGCAGCCUUCAUUUUACACACAUGCAUGCCAUGUACAAAAUUUUUAUCUUUCAUCCCUGUCACACGCCCAUCCACACAAGCCUAAGAGAUCCUGCUUUAAUCUGUUUUUAGACUCUGUCUUAUCUCUGACACGGUUUUAUUAUUAUCUAAUAAGGUUUAAUGUCACACCGGGACUACAUUUGUAUGCAUAUCUAAAUCUAUAUUAUCUGAGUCCAUUAUCCUCAGUAAAUAUCCUCACUAAUCAUUUUAAUUAGUCUGUGAAACAACGUUUUAGCCAUUAUAGCCAUUGUUUCUUGAUUUAUUAUUGAUUGCUUUGUAUUUUCUGUAGUUGUUGCCUAAAGAAUGACAAAGGAUCAAACGUGGAGGCAAAUUACUUUUUCUUUUACUUACUCGUACAAGUUGUUGCUUAUCUUAUUUUAAAAUAUUUAACAAACGGUUAUUUGCUUUAUUAACUGAACACAUGGCAGGGCUAAAGCUUAAGGCUUCACUGUCAAGUUGCCAAAGUCCAGCCACUAUCUCCGGCUAUCAACCACAGCUCCAGAAGCUACCAUUCCUGUUUCCCAGAGGAAGGAGAGUUGAAUUUUAACGUUACAUAUUUAAUAAAAAAAAAUGUUUUAUCUCCCAGGAGGAGAGUUUAAUUUUAAUGUUACGUAUUUAAUUUUAAAAAAUGUUUUAUGGAAAAAUACAAAAGCUGUGUCUAUGUUAAUUUUAUAUGGUUAAUCUUUACCAAUGUGCAAAUAUAUGUUAAAAAAUAGGCUAGUCGGUCUUGUGCAACUGGGCCACGCUGCGACCCAGGGGAUCUUAGCCAAUCAGUUAUGAGUUCAAAAGGCAUCUGCUGCACCUGGCACUGGCUUUUAGCUGCACCUGGCACUGGCUUUUAGCUGCACCUUUUCAGCUUUGUCAUGUCACUAUUGUAAAAUGGAUUUUAUAAAAAUCCUUAACUUGUGUAGGUUAUGUGACUAGCUAAGUUUAUUGAUUUACUGUCAAAUCUUUUAUACAUAUUGAUUGUUAAACAUAAAAAAUACCAAAUAAACAGUGAAAUGCGAAACAA